UUGGCCAUUCGUGUUUCUUCUCCGGGAGCAUCGCUUGUGAUCAAGUUGUGGCAAUGUCCCGAAGCGGAACCAUUCCGAAAACUGGUUUCCCAAUUCUAUCGUGGGCCAUGGGAUCAUUUAUCGUCGAAAAAGAAUGCGCAGAAGAUUUUGACCACUCCAACUAAGUGUGUGCGCUUUUUGAAGCCGAUGGCUAGUCGUUCCGAUUCAGCCGAGAUCUAUUUGGUGGCCAAAGGAUUCGUUCCAAAUCACGCUCAGCAGUUGAAAUAA